AUGACCGGCUCAUUUAUUCUCGGUGGCCGGUUGGAUGUUCCGUACACAUACACGGUUCGGCAUGUUCGGGAUGGAUUUAUGUAUUGCACGCGCUCUGUUGAUGCCCGGCAAGGCGGCCGAAUCUGCUUUUCAUGCCUUUGCUCGUUCAAGCGUGACGAGGGAGAGAGAUCUUUCAGCCACCAACCGCAAUCGGUUCAAGAACGUUUCAAACAUAUUCUCUCCGCCAAACGGCCCGAAGAUCAGUCUGUUAGCCCUAGCAUUGAUGCAGACUGGUGGAUUGAAGGUAUUCGGCAAGGUGAUAUCACUGAGCGAGAGUUUCCUGGUCUCGAUGUGCGCAAGACCGAUAUGCAAAGUUUUAACGAAAGCAAGGGAAUCAAAGCAAGUCCGGAGAAAUACCGCCAAUUGUCACAGUACCGCCUCAAGGGAUCGCCGGAUGCAGAUCCCAACGCAACACUGGCGCAGAUCAGAGAGAGAGAGCAGGCUGGAGAAUAUGAUAACCUUUAUAUUUGUGCACAUAUGUACUCCAGUGACAGGAAUUCUCUCUUGCUGAUCCCGCGCGCUUUGGGGAUCAAACGUUGGACGGCCAUGUCUAGUCUCACUUUGAUGGUGGUUAUUCAUCGUCAUGGCGAGGCAUUGCGAAUGGUUGAUUGGGAUGCAGUUUCCAGGAAUGGAAAUUCGGAGAUACACAUGAAGUGGUUUAUUCAGGAAGGGUGGACACCCCAGUCGGCGGAGAACAGAGCCGUGCACGAGAGCAACCUAUGGGCUCCAGAUGGCACAUUGGUUGGGACCUCGAUGCAGGAUAGCAUGCUGCGAUUGCAGAAAGCUCAGCGCAAGGGUAAAUUAUGA